UACCUGCUUUUUUUUGCGCAAACAAUCAAUGAAUCGAGAUUGAAAGUAUAUGUGAUGAACAGAUUGUAGUUUUACAUGGUUAAAUUUUUGCUUUAAGGUUUAUUACCAAUCAAAAAAAUGCCCUACGCCAACCAGCCAUCUGUUUGUAUUAGUGAUCUGACAGAGGAAAAUGUAAAAUUUUUUAUUGAAGAUACCGACUUAAGUGUGGCCAACAGUCUUCGAAGGGUUUUUAUUGCAGAAGUACCUACUUUGGCCAUUGAUUGGGUGCAACUUGAAGCUAAUUCUUCUGUAUUGCAUGAUGAAUUUAUUGCUCAUCGCCUUGGACUUAUCCCUCUCACGAGUGAUGAUUCUGUGGAAAGAAUGCAGUAUUCCCGGGAUUGUACUUGUAGUGAUUUCUGUACUGAGUGUUCUAUUGAGUUUACACUCGAUGUAAAAUGUACAGAAGAUCAAACCCGUCAUGUGACUACUGCUGAUAUGAAAACCAGUGACCCAAAAGUUGUUCCAGUUACUUCAAGACAUCGUGAAGAAGAUACAAGUGAAUAUGGAGAUACAGAUGAUAUUUUGAUUGUAAAAUUGCGAAAAGGGCAGGAAUUAAAACUCCGUGCAUAUGCGAAGAAAGGGCUGGCAAAAGAACAUGCAAAAUGGAAUCCUACCUGUGGUGUUGCUUUUGAGUAUGAUCCAGACAAUGCUUUUCGACAUACAACUUACCCACGUCCUGAAGAAUGGCCAAAAAGUGAAUAUUCAAUGAUAGAUGAAGAUAAAUCUGAGGCAGACUAUAUACCAGAUGGCAAACCCAAUAAGUUCUAUUUCAAUGUGGAAUCUUGUGGAGCCAUUCGUCCAGAAAAUAUUGUUCUUACUGGAUUGCAGGUGUUGAAGAAAAAACUCAGUGAUUUACAGACACAGCUAAGUCAUGAAAUGCAAACAGAUGCCUUAUCCAUUUAACUCAGAUAUUCUAUUUGUAAUGUGGAUAAAAUUUUUGAGUUGUGCUAAGAUCAUGGAUUUGUCUUUUGAAAUGGACUGUGGCUUAUAUUUAAAAGGCUGUUCCUUAUUUUGUUUAUUGUAUAUUGUAUUGUAAAGUGCUUUGGUAUCUUCAGAAAUCUACUGACCCUUGUCCUAGCCUUUUUCUCUUUCUUUUUAAAGUCUUCAGUUUGCCUUGUAUUGAAAAUAAUUUACAUAUCCCUGUCAUAUAGCUCUGUUACUGACACAUGCUUUGUUUUCUAAAUAGAAUUAACAGCUGAAUAUUAUGAAGUUGUCAGUAUAAAAUUCUUAGCAGUUUUUUUUUAUUAUUAUUAUCAUUAUUUAAAUUAUUACUCAGUCUUUUCGUAGUUAAAGUGAAUAUUUGUACAUGAAUAUUUUGAAUACCAUACCAGCAGUAAUCUCAAAUUGAAACCUUAAAAAAUCCCUCAUUUUUCUAAAAGUUUUGUUUUUAAUAAUUGCAAAAUUCACUUUUCAAAAUUUAUUUUCUUCACAUAAUUUUUUUUCUUAAUUUUGAAAAUUGCUGAAAAAGUCAAAAUACUUACAGACUUCAAAUGACUGAAUUUAUAAUAUUUUAAAAAUCUCAAGGGAGAUUAUCAAAAUUUCUGUAUCAAUCUUAAAUUUUGGAAAUCAAUUUUUUAUCAAAUUUUAUAUUAUUGAAUAAAUACAUUUAAUUGAAUUUGUACUCAUCUCAGGCUUUUAAGAAUUCCACCCCUAUCCCAUCUAUGAGAAAAUAUUUCAAACAUUAUUUGUCAAUGGAAAUUGGCAUUCAUUUUUUCACAUUUCAAUCAUUCAUCUGUAAAAUAUAAUGUUUCAUUUGAAAGUGAAAUAAAUAUUUUAAAAAAAUAA